CAGAGAACGGCAAGAUGUGAGAUCUAUAUGGUCAAGGGCGAUACUAUGAAUACUACCAACUUAGGAAUGUAUGAUGAAGUUUAGUUCUGGAUGCUUCUUAGGUCAAUCGCGACCAGACGAGACGAUUGCACGUGACGCUAGCGCCAUGACUUGACGCUAAAAUCUCCAGCGUGGGGCAGCGGCGCCCAAAUUGUCAACUCCCCGACUCGAAGGCGCAUCAACAAAUAACAGCACUCACGCCCACCGCCUGCAACGCCACCCCUUCACCACGGACACUUCGGGUUGCAUGCUUUUAUCUCAUCGCUGAUCGCCCAAAACAAACCCUUCGACGCCAGCACACAGAUAGCCGCAAUGGGAGAAUCAAGACAAGAACUCGUCGCCUGGUUGAACAACCUCCUCCAGCUCAACAUCACCAAAGUCGAACAAUGCGGUACCGGAGCAGCGCUGUGCCAAGUCUUCGACAGCAUAUUCUACGAUGUGCCCAUGUCGCGAGUCAAGUUCAAUGCGAACACUGAGUACGCAUACCUGCAGAAUUUCAAGGUAUUACAGAACACGUUCGCCAAGCACCAUGUCGACAAGCCCAUCCGCGUCGAGUCGCUCGUAAAGUGCAAGAUGCAGGACAACCUCGAAUUCCUCCAAUUCGUCAAGCAGUACUGGGACCAGCAUUUCCCCGGUCACGAGUACGACCCCGUCGCCCGCCGCAAGGGCCAGGGCGGUGUUGCCACCGGAGCCACACCUGCACCCCGCGCCGCCGCAUCGACUGCCCGGAGAGCACCAGCUGCUAGCAACACGGCUGCGCCUAGGACACGCACACCGCUUGCCUCUGGGGGAGGAGCCGCCAGCGCUGCUCUGCGCGAGGAGAACAGUGCUCUCAAGGAGACUGUCACGGGCCUCGAGCGCGAGAGGGACUUUUACUUCAGCAAGCUGCGCGACAUCGAGCUGCUGAUCCAGCAAGCGAUGGAGGCCGAUCCUGAGCUCGAGAAGGACGAGGGUCUGCUCAAGCAGAUCCAAAACAUUCUCUACUCUACCGAGGAGGGCUUCGAAAUCCCACCAGAGGCUGAGGGUGAGGGUGUGGAGGAGGAGACGUUCUAGCCGAGCGUCAGUAUUCUGUCUAAUACUCCGACAGCCAGUUCGGACGUGGAGCUUGACAACAUUAUAUUCGCUGCAUAUGCGCUAUUGGAAGCGGCCCAGGUCAGACGUGCAAGAACUAUUCAACCUGCGGGGCUCGACGACUCUACAGAGCGCGCUGAAACUCCUGGGU